AUUUUCUCUGCGACGGAGAUAUUUCAUCCGGCAAAAGAGUAGGAAAAGAAGCUGAGUGAAAACAAAUGGCGUUGCUCUGCUUUGUUUUGGAUUUGCGGAGUUUAUCACCUCCAGUUCUUCGAGAUCUGAAGCAGUCAUUGUUGCAGCUUGCAAAUUACUAUGCGAUUUCGAGUCCGAAGGUUGAUUGUCAUGUUGAUGGAAUUCAAUCGAAUUCGAAGCCUCUCCCUGACCGGAUCGGACUGUGCUAUAUCGCGAGGAACAGAAUUUCUUGUUGCGAUGAGCUGAAGAUUGCAUAUAAUCCCCAAGAAAAAUUCAACUUACGCGACCUUCAUCAUGCACUAAGUAAUUUGCCUCUUGAUACUUUCUGUCCUGAAUCUAAUGAUUCUGAAGGCAUAUGUAAGGACCUUAAGCUGGCAGAUCUCCUGAGUGAAAAAAUUGUGUACACUUGGGGAGGCCAAGAUAAAACCAUUAAAAGAAAAGUGAUUAUGAUUAGUUCUUCUCUUGUUGGUACCUUGGAUUCUGUUACAAUGAAGGCUCUGACAGUUGCAGCUAACAAAUGUGUUUUGGUAGAAUUCAUUUUGCUGGAGCACACAUCAAGUCAACUUAGUGACAACAGUGAGAAUGUCAACCAAUUUGUUAAGCAGAUUGGUUCUCUUACAAACUGCUCAUUUCAGGCAUGCGUUCCAGGUCUACAGGUAUUGUAUGGUCUUGGAAAAAGAUGGUUCCAGGAAUUAAAGGAUGACAAAGAAGUACCACUACAAGCCCAUUUCAUUUUCAAGACUAGUUUAAUGAGCAGUCUCAAUCAGAUAUCCUGCGACUUGUAUGCGUCUUUCAACCCCAGAGUUGAUGAGUUCAAUCAUUGUCAGACAUGCAGAUGUCAUGGCAUUCCAUUGGAUCAUUCAAGUGCGCAUCAGAGCAGCAAGUUUCAUUCUUGCCCCAUAACCAAUGAUAAUCUUGGAGCUUUAGAUAUAAAUAACAACACUAUUAGGGUUGGUGAAGAAACACUACUAUACAUGCCCUCUUUUUAUGACAGACCGAAGCCGAAGAAAGUUACAUCUAUUAAUUUCGAUGUGAUUCAGAGGACUUACUUAGGAUCACUAGAUGAAGGACUGAUAAGGGGCGCUACAUACUUUGUUACACCAACUUCUCACCAUUCAGAUGAGAGUGACGCCUCAAAGAUAAAUUCACAAUUCUUUCAAGUCGUCUGCAGAGUUCUAAAUUCCCUUGAUCAAGGUCUGGUUUGCUCUUCUACAUGUAACAUUGAAACUACAACAGAGACUUCAUUCCGGUUCUAUUACAUUCUUCUACCUUCGGACAAAGGACUGAUGCUUGUCAGGAGGCUUUCAGCAUCAGAAGAAGUUUUGCCCAUGCCUGUGUAUAGCUACCUCACUAGCUCUUCAAUCCUUGAAGAGACUAAUACCGCAGUUCAAGCCUCUUUGCUAAAGGUGGAAGUAAGUGACUACAAUCCAUUCCACCAUGAGAGAGGUUUCCAUAAAAAGUUAAACACUCUUGUUAAAGAGAGCCUACAGUUUGGAGCAAUACUUCCUAAAAGCAAAGAAGAAAUCUCAACGUCAGAGUUGAACGCGCAGAACUCUGAUCAUCACCCAUCAAAGCCUGCAGCAGGCAGCCUCAUUACAGGAGACGAAUCUCCAGAUUCCGAUACUAGACUAGGAGAAAACAGAACCGGUCCAUCUCUCACCGAAGAAUGGGAGCAACUCAUUGUCACUGAGCUUGGCAGCAUGCAUUCUCCCACAUGCAUCGCUAACACGAAGCUCGACCAACCGCUCGUUGCAUCAUCGUCACAAAGUACCAGGCAACUGGAUGAGAAAACCUCAAGAAUUCUCGAGAGACUGGAAAACCCCAAGCAGCUAAAGAGAAAAGCAGCUUCGCCUACAAUCUCAUGCAGUUUCUCUGCUGAUAUUUGUGGGCCGGUUAAGAAGCCACUUAUACCGUAUAGGCCCACUGACAGCGAAGAUCAAGGCCCGGUGCACACCCAACCAAUAAAGCCCAAUUUCCAGAGAUUGAAAAGGAAGAAAUAGCAAGGUAAUGCCUAAACAAAUAAAUUCGAUCAUAUUCAUCAAUUUUAUAGACAAUCUCUUUGCAUUUGUGUGUUGUCACAUUAGCAUUUCAUUCAAAUCCCAAAUCAUACCAUAAC